GGCAACAUGGAGGGUGCGGUGUCGGAUCUGGUCGUGUGUAACCUGGCGUUUGCGGGGCGCCUCGAGGAGCUGCGGACGCUGCUGCUCCGCGACAGGGCCCAGGCCACGCGGGCCGACCAGGAUCACCGCACCGCGCUGCACUGGGCCUGCUCGGCGGGACACACGGACGUCUCAGACCUCCUUCUCGGGCUCGGCGUGCCUGUGAACGAUAAGGAUGAUGCUGGUUGGACUCCUUUGCACAUUGCUGCUUCAGCAGGCCGUGAUGAAAUUGUGAAAGCCCUUAUUGCUAAGGGUGCUCAUGUAAAUGCUGUCAAUCAGAAUGGCUGCACACCCCUGCAUUAUGCAGCCUCCAAAAAUAAGCAGGAGAUUGCAAUCAUGCUUUUGGAGAAUGGAGCAGAUCCGGAUGCAACAGAUCAUUUUGAAUCCACCCCAUUACACAGAGCAGCAGCCAAAGGAAACCUAAAAAUGGUACAGAUCCUUGUGCAGCACAAUGCAACUGUGGAUAUACGGGACUCAGAAGGGAAUACUCCUCUUCAUUUAGCCUGCGAUGAAGAGAGAGUGGAGGAGGCAAAGCUGCUGGUGUCUCAUGGUGCAAGUAUUCACAUUGAGAAUAAAGAAGAGCUGACCCCACUGAAAGUGGCAAAGGGUGGCCUGGGAGCCAUCCUUAAAAGAAUGGUGGAAGGCUAGAGGGGGCUUCCCACUUGAGUCUCUCUCCUAUUGCACUUCUAUUUCAGACUGCAAAAUUCAUAUUUUGAUAGUUCAACUAGGAUGUCAUUUAUGGUAUCAGCAUGGUAAUGAAAUGUUUUUAUUGAAGCUGUCCUUCUAAUGCAGUGCCAGAAAACCUCUUUGUACUUCCUGUUAAUUAAAUAGUUUACUGAUUUUAAAGUAUUUUUUAAUAUCUUGCAGUUUUCUUUCUGUUUACUGUGUGAUGUGUAUAAAUGUGGUAUUCCUUCUACUUCAGGUGCCAGUUUAGAAUUAUUUCUUUCAAAAAACAGAACCAAAAAUGUUUUAACCAUUUAAAGCAAAUUAUUAUUUUCUUCUAGACUCUUUUUUUCCUUCUUAGCCUUUGUGAUUUGUGUUUUGUGGGUAUUGUCUUUUUUCCGAUGAUUCUAAGCUACACUGUAUUUCUCUUUGUAGAAUGCAGUUUGCUUAGUUACUUAGAUAAUUGUAUCCAUUUUUACUACUCUUGGUACAUUGAGAUCUGUGUGUUUAAAGCUUUUCUGUUGUUACUGGUUGUUAUCUCUGAGUCUUUAAAUACAUGUAUUUAAUGAAGUUGUACUGGGACUGCUUGCAGAAUGCAGGCACAGUUUCAGGGUUACCUCUGCAAAUACACUGUUUUAUAAUGAAUGGCUCUAGAUACUCCUCUGGGAUGUACUCCAAUAUUUUUUCUUCUUGCUCCUUUUGAAUGUUCCUUUUUCUGUUCUCUUUGACUCUCAUAUGCAGCACUGACACUUGCAGUUUACCAUCUUAUUUUAUAACAAAAGUCUGGUUUAGUCUUUAUUUACUCAUAGCAAAUCCUGAUACUAAGUUAUUACAAGGCAGAGUCUGAAAAGUGACCUCCUGUCUUGAUGUUGAUAAGAUCAUUUUUGACAGCAGUGGAUAGAUUUCCCCAAAUCUAAGUAUGAACAAAGGAUGAAAUUCUGUGAAA